GUGUUCGAUCACCGCCUCUUCAGUGACGCGGCGUAGAUCGUCGAAGGAAGAUAGAGAGAGGGGGAAGAAAUGUCGGGCACGACUACAACGGUGGGAGCCCUGUUGGAGUUUGGGCAUCCAGAUGUACUCAAACGCUCUCCGAAAGCUUCCCUUCGUUCCGCCCGAUGACGAACGCCGCCGCCGUCGCUGUCUCCACCGCCUCCGCCUCUUCCAAGCGCUCUAGAAAGAACUCCGAUGACGAGCAUCGGAGCAAGAGUAGGACGAAGAAAAAAUCUGGCAAGCGUCGCCGCCUGCGCGACGACUCUUCAUCCCCCUCCAAAACCGACGACGGUCCCCGUCACCGGCGCAAACGGGUGAAGAAGUCGGAGAGGCGGAAGAAGGAACCCAGGAACGCUAGGAACAACAAAAUGAAGAAGAGAAAGAAGAGGACAUCCCGCAAGAGGCGGUACCGAAGCCUUAGCCGGUCGAGUGGUUAUUCCAGCCGUAGUUGCUCCACCUGCCGCAGCAGCAGCUCAUCUGGCAACAGUAGUGUCUCGAGGAGCCCUCCUUCCAAGCCUCUGCCAAAGACGAGGAGCAUGUCUGGAAGAAGAAGCAGUGAUGGGGUCUCGGAGAGAGGCAGAAGUCGGCAGAGGAAGAGGACGACGAGCUAUGAUGACACGGGUAGAAGUAGGUAUUUAUCUCAGAGUUGCUCUACUCGUGGAGGAAGUAGGAGUAGUGGUCCUAGCGUCAGCCGAAGAGGCAAAACGUUUGAGGAAAUUGAACAGCAGAACCAGCUUCGAUCAGAGCUGGUUGUGGAAGAUGGAAGAGCAGUGGUAGAAGUAGGAAUUGAUGAGGACAGUAACAGAAUUAUGCAAGCUUAUGAUGAUUUUGAUAGGUACGAUGGGAGGAGAUCAGAUGAUCAUCAACAGUUCCUUGAAAUGCAUGAAAAGGAUGAUUGGACUUUUGCAAAGGAUUGCAAAUUGGCGGGGCUUGCUAAUACCGAUAAACAAACUAUCGGAAAUGCUGAUGUUGGGAGAGCUGAUGUUGCAUUGAAGAAGAGCGACCACGACUCAGGUGGCUUGGAGUCUCUGGAUUUGGAAUCUCAGUUAAGGCAAAAGGCAUUGGAGAACUUUAAGAUUUUCCAACGCAGCCUUUCAGGAAACACUAGAUAUCCUGUACAUCAGGAAGAUGAAUCCAAGGAAACUAAAUGUCAUAGUAUAGCACAAGAUGACUUGGGGAACAUGAGAAUUCUUGAACGACAAUGUAGCAUCCAAAGGGAAGUCUGGCCAUCAAAAUCUAGAGUGAGAUCUGUUGUCAAACUCCCUGAUGAGGAAGAUACCUCAGGCGAUACACUUAAGCAACCAUAUUCCAAUCAGGGCUUUGGAGAAGUAAAUAAUUCAGGCCUUGAUAUGCCUAGCAAAGGCCAGAAAAAUCCGGUCCAGUUGAAGAGAAUAAAAGAUACCUCAAAUGAAACUUCUUUAAAUACAUCACCAAUGAAAGAGAAACAAGAGAAGAACAUCCAUUCAAAAUCGAUGAGCAGCAUUACAAAUGCUAAUGACUUGAAUCAGCCAAGUCAGCAACAAAUCUCACCAUUACCUUCCAAGCCGAACCUUCACAGGGAAAAUGAAAACAAAGAGGGCACUGGCUCUCAGUUUCAAGAAAAGACAUUCUCUAGAACGCACGAGGGAGAAGUGGUUCAGGUAAGUUACAAGGUUUACAUACCCAAUAAAACCCCUGCAUUGUCACGGAGACAGCUACAACGGUGAUGUGUGCAUAGUACAUUGUAUCAGCAUUGAUGCAGCUCUUCAGGGAGUUCAAAGUUCUACGAACUAUGGGCGAUCACAUCUUUUAGAUAGAGGAAAUAUUAGAGUAUACAUUCCAAUCAAGCCAGGUGUAUUUGUAAUUUAAUUUUCCAUCCACAUAAUUAUGUGAUUGUUAGGUUGUGUGCCAAGUCCAAAUCUUCAAUUUCUUCCUAAUAAUUUGGGAAUUGAACUAUAAAAUUAUGAGUCAA